AUGGGCUGUACCCGUAAUCCAAAAGGCAAAACUUGUCACAUACUGAUGGAUGGUACCGGUAAUCCAAAGGGCAAAACUUGUCACACACUGAUAGAAUGUACCCGUAAUCCAAAGGGCAAAACUUGUCACAUACUGAUGGAUGGUACCGGUAAUCCAAAGGGCAAAACUUGUCACACACUGAUAGAAUGUACCCGUAAUCCAAAGGGCAAAACUUGUCACACACUGAUAGAAUGUACCCGUAAUCCAAAGGGCAAAACUUGUCACAUACUGAUGGAUGGUACCGGUAAUCUAAAGGGCAAAACUUGUCACACACUGAUAGAAUGUACCCGUAAUCCAAAGGGCAAAACUUGUCACACACUGAUAGAAUGUACCCGUAAUCCAAAGGACAAAACUUGUCACUCGUUGAUGGAGUAUACUCGUAAUCCAAAGGACAAAACUGGUCACAUGCUGAUGGAGUGUACCCGUAAUCCAAAGGGCAAAAUUUGUCACACACUGAUGGAAUGUACCCGUAAUCCAAAGGGCAAAACUUGUCACAUGCUGAUGGAUGGUACCCGUAAUCCAAAGGACAAAACUUGUCACUCGCUGAUGGAGUAUACUCGUAAUCCAAAGGACAAAACUGGUCACAUGCUGAUGGAGUGUACCCAUAAUCCAAAGGGCAAAAUUUGUCACACGCUGGAGUGUCUUGCGAUCCAAAGGGCAGCAGAUGCUGUCGGUGGAUUACGUGGAGAGUGA